UUCAAAGUUUUAUAAUCACUUUUAUGCCAGCGAAUAUCUCGGCCAGUUCAGACUUCAGACCAACAAACAGCUCAAACAAAGAGGUCAACUCCAUCGUCUAAUACACCACCUACUAUUCCCGCUUUCAUCCUUCUUUUUCCUUCUUCCUCUUGUUUUUCUUGUGUUUUUCUGUGCGGUACAUUUAUAGAAAAACUGAUAGAAACAGAUCCAGUCUUGGAAUAUAUAUUAUCCCAGAAAAGCUACUGUCAAAUUCUUUCUGGAUUCUCUUGAAAACUUUGGGAUUUAGAAAAACGGUAUCAUUAGCUUAAAUAAACCCAUUGUUGUUGAUGGGUAAAGGAGGUGGUUGCAUAUUCAGCAAGAAAAGAUCAACUUUAGAAGCUUCAGAUCAAGAUCCUCCAAACCCUGAUAGGGAUGCUCCUGUUCUUUCCCAGAACGAAACUGCUGCUGCCACGACUACAGCUAUCACAGUUGAAAACAGUUCAUCCCACGAAGUAAAGAAACUAAAAGUAUUCAUAGUUUUUUACUCAAUGUACGGCCAUGUAGAGUGUUUAGCUAAAAGAAUGAAGAAAGGAGUGGAUUCCAUUGAUGGGGUUGAAGGGUUUUUGUACAGGGUUCCGGAGACUCUGCCAAUGGAUGUAUUGGAACAGAUGAGGGUGCCUCAGAAGGAGGAUGAGUUGCCUGUCAUAUCGGUUGAUGAAUUGGUGGAGGCUGAUGGACUGUUGUUUGGUUUCCCAACGAGGUUUGGUUCCAUGGCAUCACAAAUGAAAGCAUUUUUCGAUUCUACAGGGCAGUUGUGGGAACAGCAGAGGCUUGCAGGCGUGCCUGCUGGGUUCUUUGUCAGCACUGGGACGCAGGGUGGUGGCCAAGAGACUACUGCCUGGACAGCUAUCACUCAAUUAGCCCAUCAUGGGAUGCUUUAUGUUCCCAUUGGCUACACCUUUGGUGCUGGAAUGUUCAAAAUGGACUCACUCAGAGGAGGGUCCCCAUAUGGUGCUGGAGUUUAUUCUGGUGAUGGCUCCAGGGUACCAAGCGAAACAGAGCUGGCUCUUGCUGAGCAUCAGGGAAAAUACAUGGCUGCAAUGGUCAAAAGUUCAACAUCUGUUGGAAGAAGAUUUUAUAAUUUUCUUCUGGUCUAUAAAUACACAAUGUGUUUCUUAUCCCAUCUCUCUCUGCAUUUCAACCCCGGUUCUCCCUCUUCUAGGCUGCUAUCCAUUUGAUAAACCGAUCGAAUUUCAAGUUCACGGCUUGGAAAGAAAUAACGAUCUUGAGAGAAGAAUAGUCCUCUUGCACGUAGCGCCUUGGCUUAAAUCCCGAUUGGUGCUGGCAACUGGCAACUGAAAGAAACUAGCAAAUAUGCAGCAAAGUAGUUCAUUAGAAACUGAAUGAGAACUUAUUGAAAAGCGGAGAAUAGCCAAGAUAUGGGUCGCAUGAUAAAGCAUGAUUUCCCUUUUCAUUGAUGUAAAAUAUAUGUCCUUGCUUGCAAAGAUGAAAUAAAUAAAUACAUGA